UCUCUGUGGUUCCAUUGCAUACCACGUUUCCGUCUCUUUCAUUCGCAAGUUGGCCUUGUAAUUAAUCUGUGAGAAGCAAAUUACUAACAAAAUCUAAAUACUAGGUGAUCGUCUUAAUCAGCAGGUACCAAUUUAGGUCAAGGUAAAAUAAAUCUACCGUCAGCCAGACAUCAUUCAACCAGUCAAUCGUACUUCAUUCGAUAAACUUGAAAUAUGUGGGCCAAGUUUAGUGUCACAAGCUUCUGCCUGCUACUAAUAAUUGUCGGCUUAGUUGCUGGGCAAGAUACGACAACGGUAAAGGACGACACAAAAGAACUAAACGAUGCGCUGGCAAGUUUGGGCCAGUUGAUAUCUCGCUGGACUGUUGCAAUUGAACAGGUGGGAGAAGCAGAUCUCUUCUCCGACGUAAUAAGAAAAAAGCUGGACAUUCCCAGAAGGAAACCAACGACUCGAAAAGGAACAGCUACAGAAACUCCAACGCCCAGUGACGACUGAUGAUUAUCUCAGGAGUAAAAAAUUGCGGAAAUUUUUAUCUACGUACAUUAUUUUGCAUUAAAUGAACUAUCUAAUUAAUGUGACCUCUGAGUUUUUUCAUGUUUUAAUUUACCUUAGCGUCAAAAGAUCGCCACACUCAUAAAAUGAUUGUAAAGGCUACGCUUUGACGAUUAUCAAUAUGUCACUGAAUUAUCUAGUACAAUAAAGAACUAAGUUUCUAAAUUUAUAGGAAUAGAUAAUUACUAUCUGAAUUUUCAAUAUUUCGUCCAACUCCUGACUGUAGGCCAUCCAAAUUACACUUUUUUUUCACAAGCACACUACUGCUGGAACGAAAUGACAAAAUUUGAUGAUCACCUCUGACUUUUAUAAAAAUCACAUGGCCAAGGGAUACUAUAAUGGGGACGCCGCUAUUUGGUGCGACAGAAAAGUCUGAAACGAUUUGAACCUUUGAUUAGAAUGUAAAUGCACAGGACAUAAAAACGAUGCAAAUUAUAGUGACGGUAUUCAUGCGCGAUUUGAUAUUGAUCAAUCGUCGUCCAUAGAAACUUUAUCCUAGCAGUUAAAAAUGCUAUUGCUGACGAAUCAGGAUUACGAAUGUGUCAGUGGUCCGGCGUCUUUGAUGACCUAUCAUGAAGUUAUCCAGGUCAAUGGGGCCAAAAAUCAGCGCGGAAUUAGCAGAACUCUUGGAUCGGCUGGAAUUAUCGCCAAGUGUGCUUCUCGAAGAAGACGCCCUAGCCAUUGAUAAGAAUUCAUCGUAUUCGUCAGGCCCUGGAUCGAUUAAGGACGCUGACAGCAGCCUGGGAUAUCCGCAGGAAUUCCUGGAAUCGAAUACCAUAGAUAGGAGUGCAUUACUCGAAGAAUUUCUAGAAGCCAGAGCCCAGAAUAAAGUCCACGUUGAGCGCAACGAUUUUUUCCACGAUCAACUAGUCAAACACUUCAGAAGAAAAGAGAUGACGAGAGUCUUCGGAGAGCCGAACGAAGCACAUCCUUUGGAAACUAGUUACUUAAAAAAGUUAUCGAACUACGAAGUUUUGCGCGAAGAACUUGAAUCUGGGGAGGAAGAAUUCAAAGGAGAAAUCACGAUACUGCGAGACAAUUUGAGCAAAAUAAAUGACGAGGCAGAUGCUGCUCUGGAGGAAUUGGUCGCGAAAGAACGAACCGCUGGUGGUCAAUGUUACGCGAACGGAAAAUUGUUCGCCGCCAAAGAAAUCCAGGCUCUGAUUAAUCGCCAGCUUGCUAAAAUGAAAGAGAUAUCCAAGAAUCGUAUUCGAUAUGCCCGUCUGAGAGAUCAGUUGGUCGAGAAGGAGAUCGUUUUCGACACUUUGAAGAUCCUGACACCAGAUUUGGACCAGAAGGAUUACGAGCGACUACAGGCUGAAAACUUUCACUUCAAAUACCAAUUGAGAAUUAAAGAAAUAGAUGCGCAGAAUUUGUCGAACAGGCGUAAAGGUAUUCUUUGACAGUUGAAAUGGAUUCGACUUAGGCGAAAGUCUGUAUUCAGAACCGUUCAAAUGCGACAACUGCAAUUAGAUAAAUUAAAAUCAAACAUCGGUAAAACAUAUGGUCGAAAACGGGCCAGGAGGAUGAAAAUGAAAGAGAUUAAAAAUUACUUCGAAAAGUUCGAAAGUAUCCUCGGUCUACGUAUGUAUCCAGAGGUGCAUGAGAAUAUGAAACAACUUCAAGACCAUCAUCGAGCAUGGCUCGAAAAAAUCGCAACUUCGAUGGAAAAAAUUAAGGAGAUUGAUGAUCGGACGAAGAUUAUAAAACCGCGUAAAGCUCCUUGUGUCAGGAAAGACAGAGCUGACAACGAAGACUCUGAUGAGAAUACGUCGUAUUCCAUAAAAUCUCGUCGUCCGCCUCUGGGCGGGGGAUUUCUGCAAGCCCGGUGAGGUUGUCACAAUCUAUUACACGGUCCACGGGAACGCGUACUUGAUGAAAACGGGUAAGAAUGAGAACUGCCAUUUUUUUGUAAAAGAUUUUGUAAUAAUUAGUUUAUUUUGGUGUUAUUUGGUGUACAUUAUUUGUCAUUGAAACAGUAAUUCUCGUUAUAUAAAUCAACCGUUGUGCGUAAUACAUACGUUGUAUUAGAAUGUCAGGAAUUUAUCGACUACGUGAUAAUCAAUUGGACCUCAGAACACUAUAUAUUCAAUUAAAUAAUCGUAUCCUUAGUGUAUAUGUGAACAAUAAUUGAACGUUAAUAUGAUUGAUGAAGUAAUCCUGGCAGUAUAAUGAAAUUAUUGUUAAACCUACAUUAAUGCACCUAUAUGUAUAACUAUGUAUGUAUGAAUAUAGCUUGAGAACGCACAUCGAUUGCAUCUGUUAUACCGGCCAUAUAGGCACCUCGAAUAAUAAUAAUGAAUUGAAUGACCGCGCGCUUAAUUUUGAUCAAACGGGACACUUACUCGAAGUAGUCGAUCGUUUUUUCAUGCGGUCCCUAAUCAAUUAAUCAGAAAAUGAGAUGCCUUUGACAUGUGCGAAUAUGAGUCUGCGUAAAUCUCUGUAUAGUGCGUAUAAAUUCCAUUAUUCUUUUAGUCUUCGUUAUACAUUUAGCACAAUUAUUUUUACAAUUAAAACUUCCAUAUGAUGAUUAUUAGUCAUUGGUGGCAUUAAAAAUGUAAAUAUUUCAUAAACAUUAUUAAUUCACAGUUAAGACGUUAUGUUUACAUUUUGUUUUUGUUUUUUUUUUUGUUUUUCUUUCCUCUC